AUGGAUCCAUCUAGUGACAAUCUUGAGCAUGAGGUCACAGUUGUGGCGGUGGCAGAUGCUAGGGUGGUAGAGGAAGGAAGAGUCUUCCGUAACAAGGAGAUAAUGAAAUUGAGCUUGUCGUUUUAUGCAAUCCAGAACAUGUUUGAGUACGUGGUUGUUCGGUCCGAUAAGAAAGACUAUCUUGUAAAAUGUUCACGUGAUGAGUGUAAUUGGAUAUGUAGAGCAUCGAAGCUAGCCAAAACAGAUAUGUUUAAAAUCAGACACAUUGCAGAAGGUCACAUAUGUGCUUCAAACAUCAUACUCAGUACUCAUAGGCAAGUAACAAAGACGAUUGUGUCAACUUGCAUUAAGUAUAAGUACACAUCAUCGCGCACAAUAUACACACCGAAUGAUAUACGCAACGACGUGCUGCAUACAUACGGAGUAUCUUUGAAUUAUGUCCAAGCUUGGCGAUCUCGAGAGGAAACUCUGAAAGUGCUUAGGGGUGAUCCAACUGAUUCAUUCAAUAAGAUACCAGCCUUUUUUCUGUGCAUCUAUACGGGGAUGGAAACAUUCAUUUAUGUACUUGCUUUCGGGAUUGGGGAUAACGAGAAUGACAGCUCCUGGACAUGGUUUUUUAGACAGUUAAGAAAAGCAUAUGGGGAUAGAGACAGUUUGUGCUUCGUGUCGGAUCGUCACAACAGCAUCAAAAAGGCGAUUGAAAACGUGUAUCCGGGAGCAUGUCACGGGAUAUGUUCUUACCAUCUACUACAAAAUCUAAAAUCACGGUAUGGGAGAUCAGGACAAAACAUAACACAAGCAUUCAAUGCAGCUGUUCGUGCCUACACACUAUUGGAAUAUGAAUAUUACAUGCAACAACUCGGCUCGAUUAAUCAGAAGAUAAGGGGUUAUCUGGACGAAGUUGGACCUGAGAGAUGGUCACAUUUCCACAUGCCUUCAAACCGGUAUUCUACAAUGACAUCGAAUAUUGUGGAGUCGGUUAAUGCGGUCACAAAGUCUGCCAAGAACUACCCUAUUCUAACUUUGUUGGAGUCAUUGAGACAAAUUCUACAAUCUUGGUUCUGUAGACACAAGGAGGAUGCCCAAGGCACUUUUACAACCUUGUCAAUCAAGUAUGAGAAGAAGAUGAGGAAUAUGAGUACAGAUAUGAGAAACUUGAGGGUUUCACCUAUUAAUCAGGCAAUGUUCUCAGUUAGCGGUGAAAGUUCCUCCUUCGUUGUUGAUAUAGAAAACCGAACAUGCACAUGUAGGAUUCUUCAAGUUGAUCAACUACCUUGUCCACAUGCUUUGGCUGUGUUUGCGAGUAUGAAGAUGGAUCCAUAUGAAUACUGCUCCUACUACUACACAAGUGAAGCGUUCAGAAAUACAUACCAAGAAACCAUUUUUUCGGUAGGAAAUCCAGUUGAAUGGACAGUGCCAAAUGAUGUCCAUGACAUAGUUGUAAUUGCACCUAAUCAAAAGCGAAGUUGUGAAAGGCCUACUGAGAAGAGAUUCAAAGCAGCGUACGAGGAAAACAUAACCGUCAAAUGUGGUCGGUGUGGUGAAAAUGGUCACAAUCGUAGAACAUGCAGCAGCUUAGUUCCGUUGAGUCAAAGCAACAAGAAUAAAGAGAGGAAGAGGAUAAAAACUGGAAAUGCACAUUGA